AUGCCGGGCAGUGCAGCUAGUGCAGCCAGUGCCACCAUGGUCAACAGUGCAGCCACAUCCGAAAUGGAGGAGUUGAGAUUCAGCAUAACGGACUAUUCCAUAUUCCUACUCCUGUUGAGUGUCUCAGCAGCCAUUGGCCUCUACUUUGGCUUCUACUCAAAGUCAAGGAACACCACCGACGAAUAUCUGCGCGGGGGCAAGAAAUUGCACGCGCUGCCCAUUGCCAUAUCCUUGGUCUCCAGCCAACUAUCUGGUGUCUCGAUUAUGUCUAUUCCAGCCGAGAGCUACACAUUUGGCUUUAACUUCAUAUUCGGAGUGCUAGCCAUGUUACCAACUAUGUCUAUUCUUAUAUAUAUUAUGGUGCCAAUCUUCUACGACAACAACGUCGCCAAUUGCUAUGAGUACUUGGAGAUGCGUUUCAAUAAGGGAACUCUGACCGGUGUAAAUAUUCACCUGAUCAACAUAACGGUCUCCUCGAUAUGCGUUUUCUACACCAUGUUGGGAGGCAUAAAGGCGGUCGUCUGGACGGAUGUUGUUCAGGGAGGUGUAAUGCUUAUGUCGGUGAUCAUGGUAGCCAUCUUGGGCACAAUAAGAACUGGUGGCUUGGCCACUGUGCUGGAUUAUGCCUCGGAAGGCGGACGCAUGGACAUUGACUUUAGACUGGAUCCCAGGAUUCGGUCUACUAUCUGGAAUUGCUUUAGUAGCGGGUUGUUACUAUGGACAGGUAAAAUUGGAGUCGAUCAGAGUUGCGUUCAGCGUAUUGUCUCGUUACCCUCGUUUCAGGAAGCAAAAAAAUCUCUAGUUGUGGCGGGAUUUGGUUUCAUGACUAUCAUGACCCUCACCUAUUUUACCGGCAUCAUUAUGUUUGCUCGCUACUUCGGCUGUGAUCCCAUGCUCGCCGGCUUGGUCAGCAAGCCUGACAAAAUGAUGCCCUUCUUCAUUCAGGACAUAAUGGGCAAGCUGCCGGGCAUGCCCGGUCUGUUCAUCUCGUGCGUAUUCAGCGCUUCGCUGAGCUCACUUUCGGCCAAUCUCAACUCGCUCGCUGGCGUCGUCUACUUCGACUACAUCAAGCCGCACAUACGGCAUACAGAGGCGCGGGCCAAUGGAUGCAUGAAGCUGGUCGUGGUUGCCAUGGGCGUCUACUGCAUUUUGGGAGGCAUCAUUGUGCAGCACUUCAACUCCAUUCUGCAGACCAUGUGGACCGUUACGGGCAUCAAUACGGGCGCCGUUGUGGGUGUCUUCCUGCUGGGCAUGUUUGUGCCCCGUGUCAAUGGGAAGGUGGCAAUGACCAGCAUCAUAUUCAGUGUGCUGACCAUGCUCUGGCUCAUCAUCAAUGCAAUGAUGAACAUCAAGGCGGGACUCAUUAAGUACGAGGUGCUCCCAAACAGCUUGGAUCAGUGCGAGGCUCGAGGCUUCCAUGCAAUUCUUGCAGCCAUAAAUCACACAACAACUACACCAGCAACAGCAAUACCAUUGCCUGUGAAUGUGACAACAGCCUUUGACAGCAAUCGGGAGUUUUCAAUCUUCGAUAUAUCUUUCUAUUGGUACAAAAUGAUAGGCGCAAUCCUGAUCUUCGUGUGUGCCGUGCCCUUAAGCUAUAUCUGGCGUCCGGAUAAGAACGAUAAGCUGAAUCCCAAACUAUAUUCGCCAUUUGUACGCAAUAUGUUGAAUGUGUCGGAACCAGAAGUGGAGCUGGAGGAGGUUCCAUUGAAGGGAAGGGAAGGAAAACGCAUAACUGUUAUUCACAAACUAAGUUAAUACGCAAUGUUAUGUCUCUUUUGUAUUUUUAAACGAUUUAUUUACAAAAGAAUAUUUAAAUGAAGAAUUCCUUAUA